CACUAUUAAGACGCCAUUUUUGCGUGAUAUGGAAGUGACUGUUGUGUGACGAUUUGUCUAUUUACGUUAAUUUUAAUAUUAAAAGACAUAUUCAAUUAUACAUUUAAUUCUUUUUUUAAAUGUGUAAUGUUCUUACUUUAUUAGUAAGAUUAUCAGAAAAAAGAAUUACCGUAUACUAUAGGUGAUAUCAUCUGCGCGGGAAAUGUGGAUAGCUACGUUUUGUAUUCCCGCAAAUUAAAACUCAUUUUAUUCUUAAAUAUUGUGUUAAAAUAUCAACAUGAUUGCAUACAAGGGCCGAGAAAAUAAGAGAGGUAAGGCCAUAAAAAUGCCUAGGAAUAUAGAACGCUUAUAUAAAGAAGGGAAAUGCCGUGACUGUUCAGUGGUGGUGACGCGAAUGGAUUUUGCUAAAAUAUUGGGAAAGUUUACUAAAGUUAAAAUACAAUAUGAAAGCAGUUCUUCACCAAAAACACAGAAGGCGACAGAAACAGCUGUACCAAAUUCAAAUGCAAGGUUAAAAAACAACGAAAAUGGCAUGGUACUCCUGCGAAGAACGGCUUACAAUCAACAUCCCGUAAAAGAUUUAGUUAACUCUAAUUCUAAGAAACAGAAAACUAAUGAAAUGUCAACGAUUACACCUCGGCAAGUAAAUAAUGUACUCAAAGAAAAUAAUGGCUCCAAUAAAACAGAUAUUGUAAGGGAGAAAAUCUUAACCCAAAAACAAACAAAUAAUAAUUGUAAUAAACAAUAUGCUAUCAUAUUUAAUGAUCCAUCAUGCAAUAAUAAUUAUGAUGUUAAAUGUGAUUUUUCCUUAAUGGAACUAUUACCCAAAGUAGACAAAAGUAUAUUUCCUUCAAAGGAAUGGUGUAUAGAUUAUUUUCCUAAAAAUGAAGAGCCAACUGAUGAUAAAGUAUAUGACCGUAUAGCGGCUGAACUUGAAGAUCUAAUGUAUAGUGAGAAACCAGAUGAUAAAUUUAGUAAAUCAGAAUCUGCAGAAAAUAAAGUGGAUGAUUUUCCAUCCAUAAUGGACAUACUUAAUGAUAACAAUACCCCUGUAAAUAGUACAGAAACAAAAGACCAAAGUAGUAAUAUAGAAUUUAAAGAUAACUUGGAAUCAAGUGAUGUUGAAGCUAUGCUUCUCGGUAGCCAGCCAGCCCUUGAUAACAAGGAAACGGAAGAAAACAAAGCAUUAGAAGAACCGUUACCUAUGGAAGUUGAUACUACUGAUGUUAAUAAAUUAAUAGAAGAUGUUGCACAAUUUAGCACUAGCACUGAAAGUGAGAAGGCUGAAGUUACUCCAAUAAAUGAAAUUGAAAAUCCUCAUAGCCCAUCAAUAUUAGAUGAAGCAUUACAAAAAGGAAUAGAGGAACACUUACCAUGUGACACAUCUCAAAAAAGUGAACCAGAUGUUGAACCUGAACCUGAAGCAGAAGCAUUACCAGAAGAAAGUAGUAAUAUCGCUGACGAAAAUAAAACGACAAUCGAUGAAAGCCAAACCAACACUGAUAUUGAACAAGCUAUAAUUAAUGACCAAAGCACUAAUGAUAGUCCAUUGAAAGAAAGCUCGGAAAAUGAUUUAAAUAUAUUACCAACAUCUAAGUUAGAAGAUAUUACACAUGUUGUAUUUAAAAAAGUAGUUGAUGGUAUAUGUCAAAAAUCUGUGACAUGUCCUAAGAAUUUAAAAUAUAGCAUAGAAUUAGAAGAGAAAUCUGUGGAGUUUUUAGGUGCUCCUAAAUAUAUAUCAAGCUUAGAAGACUUACAGGUAUUAUUACAAAUUGUAAAUGAGACAGACUUAAGAAGUUUAUAUGUACUUUAUUGAAGUUUUUGUUUUGCUUAAAUAAACCUGGACAAAACCUAUGACAACUAUUUAAAAAAAUGACCUAAUGUAAUUUUGUCAUAACAAAAUAUAAUAGUUGACUUGAAAAAACAUUAAUUAUAGAGAUAGUAUAUAAUAGGAUAACAUUUUGUCUUUAUGUCAAUGGAAUAUUAUCAAUAUAUUUCAUCCAAAUAUUUGUUAUAGUUAUAACAAUACACAUUUGUUUAAAAGGUUGAUAAUUUAAAAAAUGUUUUAUUAUAAGAUCCAAUAGGUUAAAAGCCAAAAUAUAAUAUACUAUGAAGAAAACAAUUGGUUAUGCUUAUUAUUGCAUUUAUUAAUAUACAUUGAUAAUAUUUAUAAAAUUAGUAAAAAUUAGCAUUUUUUUUUCUUGUAUUUUCUUAACCUUCCAUUAGAUUUUUUUAUAAAUAUAACAUUGUCUAGGAAUGUAUCAAAGGAAGGGAAAUCAAAUUUAUGCCUUAAAUACAUAAAAAGCAUUAUUCUAAUGAUUCUAUUAUAUGUGAAAUUAUAGUACCUCAGUUGCCCUGGCAGAGCAACCAGCAGUUCAAAUAAUUUGACACAAUCUCAUCUCAAAAAAACCUUAUACAAUUUCAGUUUUUUUUCUUUUCUGGCAGGAAUAUCUGAUGAUAACAUAAUUUAUUAACAUAAAAUCGAUUUAGAUUUUAUAUACAUUAAAAUAAGAGUAGAUAUUUUAAAAAGUGCGUUUUAUUUUUAUUGCCAUACGAAAGUAAAAAAUGACUAAGUUUAAUUAAAGAUAUUACUGAUAAUAAAAUAUUAAUUUCCAUUUGCCAAUAAAAUUAGAGAUCAAAGCCAAUGAUUUUAUGUAAGCUAUGUUUCGUCAAAAUACAUUUAAAAUGGAAAAAAAAAAUUGAUCUCCUUAGAACUAGACAAUUCUUGCCUCAAAAAUUAAAAUUACCUAUAAUAUCGUUCAUUAUGUCCACACUGAAAACUGCUGAACUUCUGAAAAUUAUUAAAAAGAAGUACUAAACAUUUUGAUUAUUAAAAUUGACAUAUAAGUAUUAUUUGAUACAGUUGACAAAAUUAAAAUAUUUUUACGAAAAUUUUAUUAAGUUUUCAAAGUUGAAAUUCAAAAUGCUUCAUAUAUAACAUUUAAUAGAAAUUAAUUCAUGGCUUUGUAUAAAUAUGAAUUAUGUUUUAUGGCAACAUUGAAAAUUUUUAAGUAAUUAGUUUUUAGUUGGUGUAGUUCUCUAUUUUAUUUGAGUCUUUUUGUAAAAAAUAUAUCCUACAAUUUAGACUCCAUACAGUUUAUUCAUUAGAUACCUAGUUUAUACUUUAGUUGAUUUCUUUGUUCCGUGUAUUCUUGGUUGCACCAGUCGAGUGAUCGACAUCACGAUGUCUAUGAUAAAUACUUAACUCUAAAAA